CUAAGUUUCAAGUUAGUCUGUUCAAAGCGUUCAGCUAAAGAGGACGUCUAUAUGUCCGAUCAAUCGGGAAUAUUUUGAAUUGACAUUAUAUUUCCGCGUGGAAAUAAUAGAAAAUGACAUUUUACGAUUUAAUAAGCGCGUGUGUAUAAAUUUAAUUUAAAAAUUUUAAUUUUGAAGUAUUUUUGCAGUUUUUUAUAUAUAUUUUUUUAUAUAAAUUCUCUACUAAUUAUUACUGAUAAAAGACUAAUUUAACAAAAAUAAUGUGUUAUUUUAAAAAAAUACAAUUGUAAUAACAUACAAUUAUUGUGAAAACGUCUAAUUGUAAAAAAAAGACAAGAAUAAUUUUCAAACUGUAUAAUUAUAAAAACUAUAAUUUAAAAAAACAAUAAUAAAAUAUUUUUGAAAAAAGAGUGAUUUUUUUUGUGGAAUAAAGUGAUAUUUGUAAAUUUUUAUUGAAAUCUUGGCUUUAUAGCGCGGUUGGCAAGAAAAGCGAAUGCAGAAGGCAAGACCCUGACAUUGGGAUUACUGUAUAAUAGUGAAGCAGACUUACCAUGCUGCCACGGGAGUUGUUCGUUUUGGCGACGUUGACGACCCUCAGCGUCGCGACGUCCGCCGCUUCCAUCGAUUUUGAUCUCGGUGAUUAUGAGGUGCUCACUGAUACCGAAGAAAAAUCUACGGAUGAUAGCGAUAAUAAUAAAGCAAAGGAUGCUGAAUUAGUGAGAUGCUAUUGCAAUCAGCCAGAUUGUGUUUCCCAAUCUUAUCUCUGCAUGGGCCGUGGAUGUUUCACGGAAUUGCCAUCAAGUUUGAAUCCAGCAUCAUUGAGGCCUGAACACAGUCCCUACAGUGGCUGUUUGGAAAAGAGUCUUAAGGAAAGACAAUGCUCGUCUGGAUAUUUGUGCUGCGAAGAAGAUCUUUGCAAUCACAUUGACAGUCCUGCCGUGAGGAGUAGGCUCAACAAAACUCUUCAAGUUCUUGUCGGCGAUUCGAGGGCCUUUUUGGGACCAAUUCAACCAACGGGUCAAGGAAUUCAAAAUACAGACGGCUGGUUCCGGACUGCGACAAUUGCAGUGCCAAUUUGUGGCCUUAUAGUUCUUCUAAUUUUGGCAUCAUUAGCGAUCAGAUUGCUUCAACCAUUACCAAAUCAAAUUGAUAAACUGGGCCCACAUCGAAUGCCUGACAACGCUCCUCCUCUACUGGGAACACCGAAAGUGCCUUUGGUCUAAAACAGACCGCUCGAUAGGUUCCAAAGACUUUUUUUUUAGAAUUGUCUUUUUUUUUUAAAAAAAAAAAAAGAAAACGCCACUCGUUUAAUUUAAUUCCAUUCGUAAAUUUCUUUAUCUAAAAUUUAAAUUUUAUUUCAUAACAAAAACAUUGUUUUUUUAUUUCAAUCUUUUUUUCAAUUUAAUAAGUCAUAAUACUAAAGAAUUAAAAACAUUUUUUAAUUUUUUCUUAGACUCAUUUGUGUAAAAAAAAUGUAUUUAACUUUUAAAUAAAGAAAUACGAAGGAUCCGAAGACUCCUAGAAAAGCUGUGAGCCUAACUGGCUCCACUCGGCUGUGAAUUUUUCUUGAAAGAAAACAUCAGUGUAUAUUAUUAUAUAUGUAUAAAAAAAAUAUCUCUUCUAUUCUCGCGUACCAACAUGUUAUAUAUUAUUAAUAUUAUUAUAAAUAAAUAAAUAUAUAUAUUUUAUAACUAUUAGAUUUAUAAGACUUGCAUUUUCCUCGAGGCAAGAGACAAAUGUUUGUCAUUUAGUGGAAAGCAAUAAUUCGAAAUUGAUUGCAUAAUGUCCAACGACAUAAAUAAUAGCCAUAAUUUUGAUAAAUUUUCUUUUCAAUAAAAAUAUCUAUUUUAUAAAAUUAAUUCUCUUUUUGUAUAUAAAGAAUACUUUUUAUACAUUUUUUUUUUUUUUUUUUUUUGUAAAAAUUGCAGAAUUUUUCAAAUUAUGGCAUAAGAAAUUUGUCAGUGGAGGCUUUACUUAUAUAUUAUGCUUUUCCUCAUUAUUAUAUUGUGGAAAUUUCUAAAUUAUUCUUUAGCACCUAUUUAUUUAUUUGUUCAAUUAAACUGUAUGAGCAGUAAAAUGACAGCUUUUAUAAUUUAAAAAAUGUCUUCUAAAUUUUAAAAAUUCUUUAAUAUUAACAAUUUUAACAAUUUAAAGAUAUUCCAAAAAAAAAUUUGACUGUAAAAUAUAUAUCUAAUAUUCCACACAAAAUUUGAAAUUUAAAACAUUUUUUUAUAAAUUAAAUCUAAAUCAUUAUUAUUUUGUAAAUAAAAAAAAAAAAAAAAAAAAACAAGGGAUCUGUGAAUUGGCGCUGAGGUGAUUUUUCGAUAAUAAUGCAUAGAAUUGAAAAUUUGAAUGAGACAUUCCAAACAGAGCGAAAGCAAUUGCCGGGGGGUUGGAAUGAAUGUUAUCACUUUGUAAGGAGCGAAGUUCACGUAAAUGAUUAAUAUGAUGAUUGCCCUUCUCGGGUCUGUCUUUGAAUUUCAAGUGAUUUAAUUGUUUGCGAAACGCGCAGCGCUUGUUCUUAGUUUAAGAUAAGAGAGAAAGAGAGAGCGUUCAUCAAAGUCAUUGAUUGUAUAUUUAUAUCGUCGCGUGAAAAAUGAAAAUAAAAAAAUGACAGCUCUCGAUUAUGUUUUAUAGUUAGUUAAGUUUUUUCUUUCUUUUUUAGCUGUCGGAAUAUCGCGAGAGCAAAUUGUCGUUCGUACACAACUCCAGAUAAUUGUAUUCCAUUGUAAAAUAAUAAUUAUUUUUUUUUUGUGAUAAUACGACAUAAUUAUUAGACAGUGUUAUUGACACGUAUCACAUUUUUUUUUUUUUAUUUUCAUGACAAUAUGCGUUUGCCUGUAAAACAGGGUGAUUCACUGCGAAAAAAAAAUCAUGUCAAAAAUGAAAAUACACUGCAAAAAUUUUA